GUGGAAGAGAGUAAGGGCUGUUGUUAAACAGUUUCUUACCGUAAGAGGGAGUUCAGACCUAGAUCUUUCCAGUUAAUCACACAACAAACUUAGCUCAUCGCAAUAAAAGGCUGCUCAGAGCCGACUGGUUCUUUUAGGCACUGAGUCGGAACAGGCUUCUCUCAGCCAGGCAUCUCGUCCAGUGGGAUCCGCCAGCGCGUCCGGCAGCACCAUGUGGGGGACCAAACUUCUGCCAGUCCUGCUGCUGCAGCAUGUCCUCCUCCAUCUCCUUCUGCUUCCCAUCGCCAUCCCCUAUGCAGAAGGACAGAAGAAAAGAAGAAACACACUUCAUGAAUUCAAAAAGUCAGCAAAGACUACUCUAAUUAAAGAAGACCCAUUACUGAAGAUAAAAACAAAAAAAAUGAACACUGCAGACCAAUGUGCCAAUAGAUGUAUUAGGAAUAAAGGACUACCAUUCACUUGCAAGGCCUUUGUUUUUGAUAAAGCAAGGAAACGAUGCCUCUGGUUCCCUUUCAAUAGCAUGACAAGUGGAGUGAAAAAAGAGUUUGGUCAUGAAUUUGAUCUCUAUGAAAACAAAGACUACAUUAGAAACUGCAUCAUUGGUAAAGGAGGUAGCUACAAGGGGACGGUAUCUAUUACUAAGAGUGGCAUCAAAUGCCAGCCCUGGAAUUCCAUGAUCCCUCAUGAACACAGCUUUUUGCCUUCGAGCUAUCGGGGUAAAGACCUACAGGAAAACUACUGUCGAAAUCCUCGAGGGGAAGAAGGGGGACCUUGGUGUUUCACAAGCAAUCCAGAGGUACGCUACGAAGUCUGUGACAUUCCUCAGUGUUCAGAAGUUGAAUGCAUGACCUGCAAUGGGGAAAGUUAUCGAGGUCCCAUGGAUCACACAGAAUCAGGCAAGAUUUGUCAGCGUUGGGAUCAUCAGACACCACACCGGCACAAAUUCUUGCCAGAAAGAUAUCCCGACAAAGGCUUUGAUGAUAAUUAUUGCCGCAAUCCUGAUGGCAAGCCGAGGCCAUGGUGCUAUACUCUUGACCCUGACACCCCGUGGGAGUACUGUGCAAUUAAAAUGUGCGCUCAUGGUACUAUGAAUGACACAGAUGUCCCUAUGGAAACAACUGAAUGCAUUCAAGGUCAAGGAGAAGGCUACCGGGGCACCAUCAGUACUAUUUGGAAUGGAAUUCCAUGUCAGCGUUGGGAUUCCCAGUAUCCUCACCAGCAUGACAUAACUCCUGAAAAUUUCAAGUGCAAGGACCUAAGAGAAAAUUAUUGCCGAAAUCCAGAUGGGGCUGAGUCACCCUGGUGUUUUACCACUGAUCCAAACAUCCGAGUUGGCUACUGCUCCCAAAUUCCAAAAUGUGAUGUGUCAAGUGGACAAGAUUGUUAUCGUGGGAAUGGCAAAAAUUACAUGGGCAAUUUAUCCAAAACCCGAUCUGGACUAACAUGUUCGAUGUGGGAGAAGAACAUGGAAGACUUACACAGGCAUAUCUUUUGGGAACCAGAUGCUAGUAAGCUGAAUAAGAAUUACUGUCGGAAUCCUGAUGAUGAUGCCCAUGGUCCCUGGUGUUACACAGGAAAUCCUCUCAUUCCAUGGGAUUAUUGUCCUAUUUCUCGUUGUGAAGGUGAUACCACACCUACAAUAGUCAAUUUAGACCAUCCUGUAAUAUCUUGUGCCAAAACAAAGCAAUUACGAGUUGUAAAUGGAAUUCCAACGCGAACUAAUGUAGGAUGGAUGGUUAGUUUGAAAUACAGAAAUAAACAUAUCUGUGGAGGAUCAUUGAUAAAGGAAAGUUGGAUUCUUACCGCAAGACAAUGUUUCCCUUCUCGAAACAAAGACUUGAAAGAUUAUGAAGCUUGGCUUGGGAUUCAUGAUGUCCAUGGAAAAGGAGAUGAGAAACGCAAACAGGUUCUAAAUGUUUCCCAGCUGGUAUACGGGCCUGAAGGAUCAGAUCUGGUAUUACUGAAGCUUGCUAGGCCUGCUGUCCUGGAUGAUUUUGUUAGUACAAUCGAUUUACCUAAUUAUGGAUGCACCAUUCCUGAAAAAACCACUUGCAGUGUUUAUGGCUGGGGGUAUACUGGAUCCAUCAGCUUUGAUGGUCUGUUACGAGUAGCACAUCUCUAUAUUAUGGGAAAUGAGAAAUGCAGCCAAUACCAUCAAGGGAAGGUGACUCUGAAUGAAUCUGAAAUAUGUGCUGGAGCUGAAAACAUUGCCUCGGGACCAUGUGAGGGAGAUUAUGGUGGCCCACUUGUUUGUGAACAACAUAAAAUGAGAAUGGUUCUUGGUGUCAUUGUUCCUGGUCGUGGAUGUGCCAUUCCAAAUCGUCCUGGCAUUUUUGUCCGAGUAGCAUAUUAUGCAAAAUGGAUACACAAAAUUAUAUUAACUUAUAAGAUACCACAGUCAUAGCUGAUGGAAUUUUGUCUGAAGCUUCAAUCAAUAGAAUUCUAUUUUACAUGAAGAUUUCGGAGAACAUGGAAUUAAAAUGUCACUUAAAGCAAUCCUAAGACAACUACUUGAGUGUCAUGUUUGUUAAGAUACUCAUUAAUAUUUAUGGGUGUUUUCUGUUGUUUUGUUUGUCAGUGUUAUUUUGUAAAUGUUGAAGUGAAUUAAGGUACAUGCAAGUGUAGUAACAUAUCUCCUGAAGAUACUUGAAUGGAUUAAAAACUGCAAAGGUAUAAUUGCUAGAUGAUAAAAGAUUUAUGGAAAAGUUCAAUUAAUCUCUCUACGCUGCUUUCCAAGGUUAGUUUAUGAAUAAACUGUAAGUUAAACAUUAUUUUAACCUCACGAAGACAAUUUAUACCUUUGUCCUUAACUUGUAACUCUAUAUUAAAUUAUAUUACCUUUCAUAUGUCAUACAUUAUAUUUCAUUCAUUUCUCUUCACUGUGUACCCUCUAAUACUGGUCCAUAUGCUUCCUACAAAAUCAUGUGCCCAACUAUGCAGACCUGGGUACACAUGUGCAUGCACUAGAGUUCAAAUCAUGGUAUAUCUAAUGUAACCUCUAAAUAUUCUGAAAGUGUGUUCCUGUAGUUUUUCCUUAAGAGAAAAAGAGAAAUUUAUAAAGACCAGUAGAAAUUUCAAGGAAAGGAGAAAGAAAGAAGUGACCAACUCAUUCUGUAUAUGUAAUCUGCAGAUGACCUCUCUACUGGUUGACAUUUAAGGUGUGGGCAUGACCCACAAAGUUAAGUAACACCUAAUCUAUGUGUUUAACUGUAUUUAUCAUCCUAGUCAUUGUGUAGUUUCUAAUUCUUAAAGGGAAGAGGGUUAUGUGUAUUAGUAUUAUUUCUUUCUUUUAAAUUUAGGGACCCUUAUUUAUGCAAAAUAUUUUUAGAUCUACUUUCCUAAAGUAUUUUCCUUAUUAUUCUUAGGUAAUUGUCUAACUGAAGCUUAAAAAAGUACUUAAGUAGGUUAAUUCUAAGACUUGCUGCUGUGAUUGGCUUGUAGCUCAUCUUCUUUAAAUUUUUAAAAAUUAUUUCAGAGGAAAAUUUCCAUGUUUCCAAAGAUUUGUAAAUAGACUUUCAUCAAACUAGGAAUUAAAGUAUAUAUUGAAGAAAAAAAA